AUGGUGCUAUCUGCUCUCACCUGUCAUUUUCACAGUGAUAAGCAAAAAAAUGUCCAUGGUUUUGAUUUGCAUGAAGAAGUGAUGACUGACAGCUACAAUUAUUAACUGUUGAUGGAGAUCAGAAAAUCACCAAAGUUUGGCUGAUGACAAGACAAGGACUGACCAAGAUGCACUUCACAGUACUAAAUGCUUUAUUGCAGCGCUGAAAGAAAACGGCGGCUAUGGAUUUCCCAUCAAAAUCAUAUGUAUAUAAUAGUAUUUGUAGUAAUUACCAUCAUCGCAGCUAUUAACUGACAGCCAACGGCUUUUUCCUGAUUGGUGGAGAUGUUCCCGGCAGAUUUCAUCAGAAUCAAUAAAAGCUUUGGCUACGACUGCUCUCUCUGUUACUGGAACAUGGUUCUAGGUAAUAACAUCAGGGCAAUAAUGAGUGAUUUCUGUGGAAGCCAGCUGAUGUUUGAUGUGGCAGUGUUAGGGUACAGAUAGUGCUGAAGAGGGAAGAGUAGCAGUAGGUGGAAUGGCAGAUGGCUUCACCCCGCGAGAGGCGCCCAGAAAGUGUGAGACAAGAGGUAUGAGAACCUGUGUCACAGCUGAUGACCGCCGCUGACUUCAUACAUUCCGGACGUGGACACAGAUGACCACAGCUGGACACACAGUGGACACUUGGACCAAAGGUCAUCAUCAGAACUGGACAUUUUGGAUGACUGGACACUCUGUUAGCAUAGAGACUACACAUAUAUAUAUAUAUAUACAUAUCUAUACUGGUGUAUGGAAUAGUGGUGGAAAUAGGAAAGAAAUAAGUAAUGUGAGACAUAUCUGCACUGAAGGAAAAGACAUCCUAGGAACAGAAAAGCGAACAUCUUCAACAUUACUGCUGCUGUGACAUUUUGUAUUACAGCUAGGACUAGUGCCAUUAGUAGAGAAAGAAGUCACAGAGACGGAUUCUACCAGAUUUAAGUCAUUCUAUUUAUAGACCACAUUGACUUGAUAAUGAGGUCAAACUGACCCAGUUACAUAAAUUAGAUAUCAGAAUUAUAACUACUUGUAGUACGGAGCCUGUAUGUCAACAAGCCCAGGGAAUUAAUACACACCUAGAAGCAGACACGUGACUAGGAUCAGGUGCUCGCCAUGUUUUCAUCUCUCUAAAACUUGCGUGAUUUUGCAAAGAUUCCAAAGCCCUGUUGAUAGAGCAGGGCAGGAAGAACCAGAAUUCCAUCUGACCUUGGAUAAGGUCAGGUGACUGUGAUCAGAACGCUGGCUGAAUAUCGCCCCAGGUGACACAAACUGCACAUUCUGCAGCCGCCAUAUUACUGGCCGUCGCCCUGACCCGCAAUAGCCAUGGCCAGUUUCUUCAGGAGACGGAGAGGACUGAUUUUCAAGGCCAUCUUGGCUGUUCCUAUAUUAUGGCUGCUGGUAGUGGCGCUAUUAGCCUAUCAGGAGAAGGACAGGAAACACGCUGACGAGGACGUCAAUCCUCUUCAUCAGCGUAAUGUGCGUGAAAAGAGAGAUCAGUGGGGAGAACAGAACUUUGUACAUGAUAACCCUCAUGGAGGCGAUGAGGGUGACAAUAGACAUGAAAACGAACAAAAAGUGUACAACGAAGAACAGGCACCAGAUGGCGUUGUAAACAAUGAUGGAGGAGAUGCGAAGCAGGUCCAACAUGAGCAGGCGCCAAAACCUCGUCCACAUAUUCCAACCAGUACAACGCCCAAUCCUAACGCCCCAGGUGAAAUGGGGAAAGCUGUGAUUAUCAAGAAGGAAGAUCUCUCCCCAGAAGAGAGGAAGAAAUAUGAUGCAGGGUUCCAGAAGAACGCCUUCAAUCAGUACGCCAGUGAUAUGAUGUCAUUACACAGGAGUCUGCCGGACGUCAGGGAUAAAGAAUGCCGUGAUUUCAAAUAUGCCAGCCACCUGCCAGACACCAGUGUUGUCAUUUGUUUUCAUAAUGAGGCUUGGAGCGUCCUGCUGCGUACCGUCCACAGCGUCCUAGACAGAUCACCAGCACAUUUGAUAAAAGAAAUUAUUCUAGUGGAUGAUUUCUCUGACAUGGACCAUGUGAAGAAGCCUCUAGAAGACUACAUAGCCAAACUAGGCAAGGUGCGCAUUGUUCGUGCCAAGAAAAGAGAAGGUCUGAUCAGGUCACGACUUCUGGGCGCCUCCGUGGCCACGGGACAAGUGAUUACAUAUCUGGACUCCCACUGUGAAUGUACUGAAGGCUGGUUAGAACCUUUACUUGACGUCAUCGCAAAAAACAAGUCCAACGUGGUGUGUCCUGUCAUAGAUGUCAUCGAGGACGAGAACUUCAAGUAUGACUUCAGCAGUGCGCGGGGGACCAGCAUUGGGGGCUUUGACUGGAAUCUACAGUUCAACUGGCACCCUAUACCGGACCACGAGAGGAAGCGUAUGAAGACGCCCUUUGAUCCAAUCAGGUCACCCACCAUGGCAGGGGGGUUGUUCUCUAUCUCAAGGGAGUACUUUGAAUUCCUGGGCACAUACGACCCUGGCAUGGAUAUCUGGGGUGGAGAAAACCUGGAGCUGUCAUUUAGGAUCUGGAUGUGCGGUGGCACGCUGUACAUUGUCCCGUGCUCACACGUGGGCCACAUCUUCCGUAAACGCAGCCCGUACAAGUGGAAACCAGGCGUCAAUGUUGUGAAGAAGAACUCUAUACGCCUGGCUGAGGUCUGGAUGGACGACUAUAAAAACUACUACUAUGAGAGGUUUAAUCACGUCCUGGGAGACUAUGGAGAUGUGACGUCCAGGAAAGAGCUCAGAAAGCGUCUUCAGUGUAAAUCAUUUGACUGGUACGUCAAGAACAUCUUCCCAGAUCUUUUUAUCCCUGGUGAAGCUGUUGCCAGUGGGGAGAUUCGUAACCAAGCUCAAUCUCAGUGCCUUGACAGCUCUGUGGACCACAACGCCAUGAACAAACCUGUCAAAAUGUGGCCUUGUCACAACCAGGGAGGCAAUCAGUACUGGAUGUUAAGUAAGAACGGAGAGAUCCGCCGUGACGAGGGCUGUUUUGACUUCACAGGUCAAGGUCAGGUUCAGAUGUACACAUGUCAUGGCCAGAAAGGAAAUCAGUUCUGGGAGUAUAGAGCGGAUGGUCAUCUGAUGCAUGUGAACAGCCAGAGAUGUAUGGAGCUGUCUGGUGACGGUCAGUCCAUCCUGAUGGAGCCAUGCGGUAAUAAAAUACGCCAACUGUGGCUGUGGAAGAGAAAAGACGGCAGCUCAUAGCACAGGGGGGAAAAUACAUAGUGUAGAUAUAUACAGUGCUUUCAAGAUUUUAGUGCAGGAAGAGGAGCGAGAGAUCUGGGGUCAAAUUAGAGACAGAAUUUGCUGGGUUUGAUUCCAGGACUUGGAAGAUGGUGUUCAGGUCUUAAAUGGUUUCCUUGAGACAUAUUUGGAUAAUAUGCUGUCAAGAAGAUGAAGAGACAGUUAUGCUCAAGCAGGGUUUGUUUUUCCUGGAAAAUAUUAGUUGCAGAGGUCUUAGGGUUCCAGUGAAAAAUUGUGAGAAACUUAACUAUGGGAAGUGGGACGGGAACUUUAGAUGGAUUUCACUGACUGGACCACCAUUUAUAAUACAUGAAGUAUAGUACUUCCUGAGAAGGGACAGAUUAAGAAAUACAAAGAUACUGGAAGAAUCAAUACUUUCUUACAGAGAAAAUGCAUAUAAUGGAAAAGAAUUUCCAUAUACAACUUUACGUGUAACGAGAAGUGGAAAAGAAAAACAAUGCAUUCAAGGUGCCCUUUAGAAUAGAUUGCUUUCACACUACCAAGAGGUAAAACAUUGUGCUUUUAGUCAUGCACAGGAGAUAGACUAUGAUUAUGCAUAUGAAGGAAUGCACUUCUUAUCAGUGAAUUGAAGUUGAUGUCUGGAAAGUGGGUUUUGAGUAAAGUCUCCUCUCUGAUGCAUUUUAUCAAGGGUGAUGCAGGGAGAAUGUCAAAGGUAUCCCCAACUGCAGCUUGAGUGUCUAGUUAUUGAAAUGAUUGGUGGUGAUACCAUGAUAUCUUGGUGAUACAUGAAUGAUAAGUAAACAAACACUUCUCUUGUAAAGUGAAAGUGAUUUUGAUUCAACUUGAGAAACAGACCAAAGAUCAUUCUGUACUUAGAGCUAUAAUGUGGACGUCAUUUGUAUGUUAACAAGGACUAUAUUACUGCUCAAUAUGUCCUCUUUAAUCAAGAUUUUGUAUCAAGAUUUGUAAAAGAUAUAGUAGAACAAUGUCUUUUCAGUGAUUUAUAUCAGGAAUUAUAGAAAUAUAAAGAAACAUUUAUACAUCUGGCUGAUAAAGCUAAUUGAUGAAAUCCAGUCUAGAGUAGAAAUCUUCAAGAAAAUACAGUUAAAAUUUCCAUUUAUUUAUGAAAAUGGUGCUUAGAUGCCUGACCGAAGAAAUACCAGUGAAAUAGGAUGUAGAACCUUAAGUAAAUUUAUAUUAUGGCCGAGAUAAAAAUAAUGUGUUUCUUCACAUUAAGAAUAAUUUUAUGGUUCUCUAAUCAGUAUCUGACAUCCGUUUUAACUGGCAAUAACAUUUAAUUAAAAUUUUGUCAUACUAGUGACUUAUGUACUUCAGCGACAUGUAAACGUUUUCAUAUACAAGUUUUAGUGUAGGGUCAAAUGUAUGACUUUUGCUAUCAGUACUUAUAUGUCACUAAUUUAUACUUAAUUAUGAUAUGAUUUUCAGCUACCAUUCCAAUAUCAGUAAAUGUGUGUACUUGGUAUGUUAUCUGCUACUUAAGCUGGCAGGUCUUAUGUUUUACAACUGGUUUUGUUGCGUAGGCCUUACUUACCACAGAUAUAACUGAUAGAAUCAUAAAAGAGAAAACAGUGUCAUUGUCCCAUCUUUUUGAGGUCCGGUUCAUAGGAGAACUUAAGCUCUUAUGUAGGACGUAAGCGAAAAGCAUGGUAUGAGAAUGGGGUCUAAGAUUAUAGGAAGGUUAAACAGAUUGGUAAAAAUUUACGUUCCGUUUUUUCAGUCACACCUCAGUGGGUAUGACAUGUACUGUAUGUUUAAGUUGCUAUUUUUUCAUAAAGAAUCACUGGCAUGUGCAGGAAAUGUGUUCCAAGCAUGCCAAGAAAUAUAAAUUAAGUUUUAAAAAAUGCUAUUUAGUUAAAUGCUAUCAUGGGUCUUUUAUUUUCACAAAAUAACUUCAUCCCCAAAAUCAGUCUUGACAUUAAGAAGGAAGGUUUUGUGUAAGAAACAGCAGACUUGUUAGCCAGUUAUUUAUUACCUGUUGUUAUGAGAACACCCUCUCCCUGCUGAAUGUAGCAGUGUUGGGGGUGGGGGGGUAUCUACAGUGAGGUCACUUAGGGAGCGUUCAGAUAAACCCAUCGUACUAGCUGGAUCAAUCCAAUUCUGAGAGAGAUUCUCCCUAAGUGCAAUUACUGUAUAUGGCUGAAAUGUCUGCCACACCUCCUCAAGUUGCUAGGGGGUAAUUAUCUGACUAACUAGCUACUGGAGGAAACGUGUAAGACAAUUAGGUUAAUUACACUGAAUACACAUUAGGGAGAAUCCUGCGAAGAGUUGGAACGAUCCAGCUGGCAAGAUGCUUGAAUCUGAAUGCAGUGUUAAAUCUAACCCGAUCCAAGUUUAUGUCCGUGUCUGAACGCACCUUUUGAAGUGCUUUGUUGAUUUUAACUAUUAUUACCAUGGUAACCACUGCCAAACACGCUGUGAUGAUUACACUGACUUGUAGAUGAAGUGUUACCAUGGCAACCCUGUUCCCAGUUGUUAGAAUAAGGUGAUAGUAGCAGUAGUAGAGGUAUGAUAUUUUAUAGAGAUCAACUAUAUUUUAUAAUCCAAAGAAGCUUGAUAAGGUAUAUAAUGUUGUAGUUAAAAUUGGUAGUUUGGUGAGGGGGGGGGGGGGGUUUGCUGGGAAUGUGGUUCACGGUUGAACAGCUGAGGUUUGGAGCAACUCCGCAACAAAACGUACCUCCAAUUCACGGUGUAAAAAUCUAUCUAUUAGCUCUGAAUUGCGAGGUAGGGUUAUAAUACUGUAAAAAAAAAAAUGUUUGAACUUUGUUCCGGGGCUUCGUUAUAUCUAGAGGAACUAUUGGAGCUUUGCUAGUCCCAGGAAGUGGGCUGAAGUCCCAUAUUGGUGCCAUAUUAGUAUUAAACUUAGCCGUGAGCUAAAAGUGAGAUAUGUUCUAUAAUGAUUUAAAUUACAUUGCAAUUAUCCAAGCUCUAUGUUACAUGUAGAGUGCUAACUGCUAGGACAUUGCGUUACAGUACUGGAACAUAAGUGUUAAACUAGGUCAAGUAGCGUUGGACGUGGGGUUAGGGUCCUCCCCGUCAGCAGUGUAAAGUAGGCUAUUUGGAGUUGCUUUCUUAACAAUUGAGGGUUAGAAUAAAUUCUGUUUUCUGAAUUUAUUAUUAUUAUUAUUAUUAUUAUUAUUAUUAUUAUUAUUAUUAUUAAAUGUCGUAGCUUUUUCUUAGCGAUUGAGGGCUAGAUUAAAUAUGUAUUUUUUUAAUGUCCAUGUGUAUAUGGGCAGCCAAUAAGUAUAUAGGUAGGUGAUAAAGUCUUAGAGCAGCUAUGUAGAUUUUGGGGAAACCACUGCUGGCGAAGUGCCAUGUUUUCCUGGGUAAAAUACAAUCCUGAAGUGAAAAUAAUAUGGUGUUGAUCAAGUAGUUUUUAGAAUAGAAGUGAUUAUUUGUUGCUAGAUUUACUUUAAGUACAUAUUCCAUACAGUGUAAACGAGUACGAAAAUAUGUAAGAAUAUUCCUGAUAAAUAGUAGAAAAUAUUUGGUUUGUAUCGUCAUACAUAUAAGUAAGCUGCAAAGAAGUACCAAGAAAGCUAGACGAUGUAGGGGAGUGGGCAUUAUUAAAAGAAGAAAUAU